AUGUUUGCUUUAAGAAGGCAGCUAAGCCCUGCUCUAUGGAAGAAUGGCCCCCGUUUGCCUGCAAGUUGCGUGGCGGUGAGGCAUUGUGAACUACCCAACUGCAUUAGGUUCCAAAGUGGUACCGUGGAUCAGCGCACAGCAGAGAAGGCCAGUGAAGACAGAAGCUCACUUCCAGACACAGAAAUUAAUUCCUGGUUGGAGGCUAUUGAAUCACUUAGAUCCGAGUUCACAGAACAGCCAUAUUUGCCCGAAUCGUCGUUGGCAGGGCCAGGACAAUCGAAGGUCAACCUUUUGGAAGAAGCACUAAAUGCGAAGAAGACGUUUGAACCUUCCGAAGAGCAGAUCGCGGAGUGGGAGGUGCUCAAAACUGUACCUUUGCCCGAGCGUCAAGACGAGACGCUGCAGCACGUCACGAACAUGAUCAUGCGCCAUGGGAAGAAGCAGCGUGCGGAGAAGACUUUGUCACGCGCCUUGUACCUCGUUUUCUGUUACACGCGUCAAGACCCCAUCCAGUUGCUCAAAAAGGCUCUCGACGACUUAGCGCCUAUGAUGGUGGUCAAGACAUUCAAGACUGGUGUCGCCAAGGCUGCCGUGAUUCCUGUGCCACUGAACGCUAGGCAGAGAAACAGGAUGGCGUGGAAAUGGAUCAUGGAGGGCGCAAACAAAAGAGUGUCGAGUGAUUUUGCCGUGCGUCUUGGAGAAGAACUGAUAUCGGUGUUUAAGGGCAACAGCUCCGGCUUUGAUAAGCGCGACCAGAUGCACAAGACCGCGAUAGCACACAGAGCGUACAUCAAGCUGAAGUGA